AUGGACGAGUUCGUGAUCGUAUUCCUGCUGACAAUACGCGAUUUCGACUUUACUUGCGCGGAUCUGAAGCCCAACAAGACGCCUCGAGCAGAGUGGAAUAAUCUGGAUCUGACAUUCGGUGAUCGCGCCUACCAGGAAUUUGUUUUCGAGGCUAAACCACGAGAUGGCAUGCCGAUGACCGUUAAGAAUAAGCGCGGCAACGGCUGCCAAUUCGGGUCAAUAGACGACAUCAGUGGCGGUCGCUAG